AUGAAGGCAGAGAGGCUAAAUAAAGGCUACAUGCUCUAUGAAGCCGUGAUGAAUCCCAUGCAAAAAGCUCUUAAACUAAACUAUUCCUCUUCUUUCUCAGUUGUUACAGGUAGCACUGAUGGAAUUGGAAAGUCGUAUGCAGAAGAGUUAGCAAAGCGUGGAAUGAAGAUUGUCCUGAUCAGCAGGUCCCAGGACAGACUGAAUCAGGUUUCCAGCGAUAUCCAAGAAAAAUUCAAAGUUGAAACAAGGACCAUUGCUGUCGACUUUUCAUUGGAUGAUAUUUAUGAUAAAAUUAAGACAGGCCUGUCGGGUCUUGAAAUUGGUGUUUUAGUGAACAACGUGGGAAUGUCAUAUGAGUAUCCGGAAUACUUUUUGGAAAUUCCAGACUUGGACAAUACUAUCAAGAAGCUGAUAAAUAUUAAUAUACUUUCCGUUUGCAAGGUAAGCAGCUUUGCUACAAACCUGUCUAAAGGGGUGAUUCUCAACAUCUCUUCUGCCUCUGGCAUGGUCCCGGUUCCACUGUUGACUAUCUACUCUGCAACCAAGGCUUUUGUAGAUUUCUUCUCUCAGUGCCUCCACGAGGAGUAUAAGAGCAAGGGCAUCUUUGUGCAAAGUGUCCUGCCAUUCUAUGUAGCUACAAAGCUGGCAAAAAUACAGAAGCCAACUUUGGAUAAGCCCUCUGCAGAGACAUUUGUGAAGUCUGCAAUAAAAACAGUAGGCUUGCAGUCCCGAACCACUGGAUAUGUGAUCCACGCCCUCUUGGGCUUAAUAAGCUCAAUCUUGCCUCGUUGGAUUUAUUUUAAAAUAACCAUGGGUCUCAACAAGUCUCUGCGGAAUCGCUUUCUGAAGAAAACUAAGAAGAACUAAACGCUGAUGAGCCACUGAGCCCCUUGGCCAGAGAGUUGGGCCUGCACACGCCUGGCUGUUCCCAGAGUCUCUGCUGUUGUCUCAGUAAUUACUAACAUGGCGUAAUUGGAGGAAAACAAACUUGUUUUAGAGGCUCCUAACAUAUAUUCUGAAUACAAGUAGGAGUAAUUUGAAGUUUAACAUAAAUACUUUUACCAAAUGUAUAGACCACUUUGACAGAAAGGAACAAAUCCUGGAAUGACAGAGGUAGACACAGAAUCCCUCUGGCCCAGAAUGCCAAUGAUCACCUUAUAUUUUGUCUGGAACCUACUGGACAGUUUAAUGACUACCUAAUUUUUUAUUUGCUUAGCGUCAGAGGGAAGGAGGCUUAGUUGAUUUUUUUUUUUUUUUUUUUUUAAUGGAUGGACACAAUGCAGUUUAUGUGGAUUUCUGUAAGGUUUUCUAAAUGUAUGUUCCAGCUCAUGUAUUUAUAUGGAACUAUUCUCAAAAGUAGCUAAGACAAAGAGAAUUAAAAUACAGAGUUGUUUCUCACACAUAAGUGCACAAAAUGUUAUUCUUAUAACACAUACUGUGUCUGCUCUAUUCAAAUGUUUGUAAAUAUUGAAUACUUGUGAGACUGAAAUGUAAAGGUGAGUGGGCAAAAGUGAACAUCAAGACCAAAGACAUCCUGUGGUACCACUGAAACCCAGCAAAGCAGCCUGCAUGCACAGCCAGCCCUCUUUAUGUCUCCACUGCACCCGAACUGCUCGCUUGGGAUGACUCCUUCUAUGGUAGUGAUCAAUCACGGAAACUUGUUCGAAGUUAAUGUCCCAUUAGAAUUUCUAUAUCUGCUUUUAAUAAAGAAUGACGUAACCAUG